GGGGUCCCAGCUGGAUCCUGGGACCAUGGGACUCCCAACUCUGGAGUUCAGUGAUUCCUAUUUGGACAGCCCGGAUUUCAGGGAGCGCCUGCAGUGCCACGAGAUUGAGCUGGAACGCACCAACAAGUUCAUCAAAGAGCUCAUCAAGGACGGCUCCCUGCUCAUCGGGGCUCUAAGGAAUCUGUCCAUGGCAGUACAGAAAUUUUCACAGUCACUGCAAGACUUCCAAUUUGAGUGCAUUGGUGAUGCUGAAACUGAUGAUGAAAUUAGUAUUGCUCAGUCCCUGAAAGAAUUUGCCAGGCUCCUCAUUGCUGUGGAGGAAGAAAGGAGAAGACUGAUUCAAAAUGCUAACGAUGUGCUAAUAGCCCCCCUUGAGAAGUUUCGUAAAGAACAAAUUGGUGCAGCCAAAGAUGGAAAGAAGAAGUUUGACAAAGAGAGUGAGAAAUAUUAUUCUAUUCUCGACAAGCACUUAAAUUUAUCAGCAAAGAAAAAGGAGUCUCAUUUGCAAGAGGCGGAUUCCCAGAUUGACCGAGAACAUCAAAACUUCUAUGAAGCAUCACUGGAAUAUGUCUUCAAAAUUCAAGAAGUGCAGGAAAAAAAGAAGUUCGAAUUUGUUGAACCUCUCCUAUCAUUUCUCCAGGGCUUGUUCACCUUUUAUCAUGAGGGCUAUGAACUGGCCCAAGAAUUCGCACCAUACAAGCAGCAGCUGCAGUUCAACCUACAGAACACGAGGAAUAAUUUUGAAAGCACUCGGCAAGAGGUGGAGAGACUGAUGCAGAGGAUGAAAUCUGCCAACCAGGACUACCGACCUCCAAGCCAGUGGACAAUGGAAGGUUAUCUUUAUGUCCAAGAAAAACGACCCCUUGGGUUUACGUGGAUUAAACAUUACUGUACUUACGAUAAAGGAAGUAAAACCUUCACGAUGAGUGUUUCUGAAACAAAGUCCAGUGGCAAAGUGAAUGGCCUUGUCACUAGCUCACCGGAAAUGUUUAAGUUAAAAUCUUGUAUCCGGAGAAAGACCGACUCAAUUGACAAACGAUUCUGCUUUGACAUUGAAGUAGUUGAGAGACAUGGAAUCAUAACACUUCAAGCUUUCUCAGAAGCCAACAGGAAACUAUGGCUUGAAGCAAUGGAUGGAAAGGAACCGAUUUACACCCUGCCGGCCAUUAUUAGCAAGAAAGAAGAAAUGUAUUUAAAUGAAGCAGGAUUUAACUUUGUGAGGAAAUGCAUUCAUGCCGUGGAGACAAGAGGAAUCACUAUCUUGGGCCUCUACAGGAUAGGAGGAGUGAACUCUAAAGUUCAGAAGCUCAUGAAUACUACAUUUUCCCCUAAAUCUCCUCCUGAUAUGGAUAUAGAUGUAGAAAUGUGGGACAAUAAGACUAUAACAAGUGGACUAAAAAACUACCUCAGGUGUCUAACAGAACCACUCAUGACGUAUAAAUUACACAAGGAUUUCAUUGUUGCAGUCAAGUCAGAUGACCAAAACUACAGGGUGGAGGCAGUGCAUGCUUUGGUUCACAAAUUGCCUGAGAAGAACAGAGAGAUGCUGGACAUUCUGAUCAAGCACUUAGUCAAAGUAUCACUGCACAGCCAACAAAAUCUAAUGACUGUCUCCAAUCUGGGUGUGAUAUUUGGUCCAACUCUGAUGAGAGCCCAGGAAGAAACCGUGGCUGCAAUGAUGAACAUAAAAUUUCAGAAUAUCGUCGUCGAAAUUCUGAUAGAGCACUAUGAAAAGAUAUUCUACACUGCCCCAGAUCCAAAUAUUCCUCUUCCUCAGCCUCAGUCCCGGUCAGGAUCCAGACGCACUAGAGCAAUUUGCCUCUCAACAGGCUCACGGAAGCCAAAGGGAAGAUAUACCCCAUGCCUCGCUGAGCCUGAUAGUGAUUCAUACAGCAGCAGCGCUGACAGCACCCCAAUGGGUAGCAUAGAGUCUCUAUCUUCACACUCCUCAGAACAGAACAGCACCACAAAGUCUGCAUCGUCUCAGCAGAGAGAAAAAUCGGCCGGGAUUCCCUGGAUCGCCUCAUCGCCCCCUUCCAACGGCCAAAAGAGCUCAAGCCUCUGGACGACGAGCCCAGAAUCCAGCUCCAAGGAAGACGCCACAAAGACAGAUGUGGAGUCGGACUGUCAAAGUGUAGCAUCUGUCACCUGCUCGGGAAAUGUGUCGCCGCCGAUAGACCUGGUCAAGAAAGGACCUUACGGGCUGUCUGGUCUGAAGAGAUCUGCCGCUUCCUCCCUGCGAUCCAUCCCGGCCUCAGACGGAAACAGAAGUUACAGUGGAUCCAUUCAAAGCCUGUCUUCUCUAGAGUCCAAAGAGACCCCAAAAGCCCCACCAAACCCCGACCUGCCUCCCAAAAUGUGCAGGCGAUUAAGGUUAGACACAGCAUCAAGCAAUGGCUAUCAACGACCUGGGUCAGUGGUGGCCGCGAAGGCCCAGCUGUUUGAAAGUGCCGGUUCACUUAAGCAAACGACUUCUGGGCGCCAAGCCAAAGCCAUGUACUCCUGCAAAGCUGAACACAGUCAUGAGCUGUCCUUUCCCCAGGGAGCAAUUUUUUCCAAUGUGUACCCAUCUGUGGAACCUGGAUGGUUAAAAGCAACUUACGAAGGCAAAACAGGACUAGUCCCAGAAAAUUAUGUUGUCUUCCUCUAAUGAUAUUUUAGUGGAUGGCAGUAUCUUCAUGGUAUCCAUGGAAACAAAUAAUAAGCGCUUGAUUUUAUCUGACACAGAUAUCGGGAUUGGCCAGCUAAAUGAAAACGGUAGACUUUUGUCAAGUUCUGCACCAGCGGAUGAUGUGCUGCCAUAGAACUGAAACAAAAGGAAUGAAAACUGUUGUGUUUUCAUUUUUUAGUUGCUGAAUUAUUUCAAAUCACUUGCUUAAAGAAAUUGCUCCUUCCCUCCAUCACAUUUCAGUGACAAAAUCAGAAAUAUGAUAUUCUUCAUUAAUUCUAGGCCAUUAGUAGGGGCAGAACAGUGCUGUUGUGGGUCCUCCUGUGAGGAGAGGGGCUGUGUUCCAGAAGGACCUCACGUUACAGAAAAUUCACUUUGUGUCCACAGUAGCCACUUGCUCAGAACUGUUUUUUCCAACCCCGCAUCGUGUUGUAUGCAGAUAGGUGUGUGUAUGGGGAAGAAUGUCCCCUAAUACGCUCUCAAUCACCUCACAGAAACACAUGCCACAGAAUCACUCCUCGUGUGAUUCUGGAGGAUACUGAAUAAUGUAUUUAUUACUCUCUAGAGAGCUCCCCUAAGAAUAUUGAAGUCAUAGGACUUAAAAUUUUCUCUAAGAUUUCAUUCUUGCCUACAAUUUUGAGGGAGGAGGAUGUUGUUGAUUGGUCCAUAACAUUUCAAGAAAAACUUGUCUUCCACAGCUUUGUUACCUUACUCCUUAUUUUUGUUGUCCAAGCAGGUGACGAUAUUUCAAAUGCAAUAAUGUGUGUAAUGUAUGUAAAUGAUCCCAAAUUAGGUUACCCAGUAACUAAAUUUUAAAAAGUCAUCCAAAGUGUAAUUACAAGCACCUUUGUUAUUUGAAAUAUGACAAAUUUAUGUUCAAUAGUUAAUAAUAAUUAAAAAAAGAAUAGUGUUCAUUUCCUAUACUACAGUGUUAUCAGGCCUUUUGAAUGUCAAGCUUUUGCUUUUGAGGUUUUCUACUACAAGUAAAACAAAGGGGCUUUAAAGAAAUCAAUCCUUAAAGCAAGGAAUUUAGCCCAAAAUGAAUAUAAAAACUAUUAAGUUAAUUUCUGUUGCUUUUUUAAUUAAAUCAAACUAUAACAUCCCUCUAUUUUUAUUAAACUAGAACAAAACCCCCUUCUUAUCUUUAUUUCCUGUUGUAACUUUUCUUAACUUGGCUCAAUCAGUUGCUUUAAUUGAGCGCUAACUGGGAGAGUCCAAUAUAACACAGUUGGUAGAAAACAGUUCCCUGCCCACACCUAGAUCACAGCUUAGAGGCUCCUAUAAGUAGAAUGUAGAUUUCAUUCCAAAUUCAAUAGUUUCCAAAAAGUUGAAAAUUGUUAAAGUGUUUUAGGAAGACUGGGCAUACCUUACUUCAAAUUGAUAAAAUUGGUAACUUCAGUCUAUUUUCAUAAAAGACCACCUUUCUAGAAAACUCAAUAUUAUAUAUCUGUGGGUUAUACCACAGAGCCCAAUUAGCUCCAAAAAAUAGAACAGCCAUGACAAAAACCUAUUAGAGAAAGAGAAAAAGUGACUGGGCAAAGUUUUAGAGCUGACAAGUAAGCAUCUUGGAAAUGAUGCAUUAUAUUUUAGAAAAAGAUGGCUAAUGCUUUAUCCCAGAUAAACCACUGGAGCUGUGAUUAUCUGUGUCCUCUUCUAGACUCAUUAGCCAUGAAGUUAGAAAUGGUGAGAGUUUGUGCCACUAAGCGGACAAAACGUGGUCGCCUACUACAGUGAUAUCUGCACACCAUAUGCAAGUGUUGCCUGUAACACACUAAGUUCUUAUAUGAAUUUGACACCUUUUAAUGUGGUUAAUGUUUUUAAUACAAUGGUAACAUUUUUCCCCCUAAGGGCUCCUGACCAGAUCUAAUACCUAAAUCAAAGGUUUUGCCAUGCAUGAUACACCUACAUUUUCUGGCACCUUAUGUACUGAUCAUAAGGUUAGUAAUAGUCCUUUUUUAAAAAAUACUGCAUUGAACAUUAAAAAAAAAUCUCUCUCCUGAACCUACACCACGGUUAGCCCAGUAGGCCUUCUAGGAAUAAGUUAAAAUCCUUUCACAGAACAACCUCUCGCUAAACAGGACUCAGAUUUGCAGUCUCAUUACUGCUGAAUCAAGCAACCUUGCUCUUUCACUUUACUUUGGAAGGAAUAGAAUUUCACACUUGAUCUAAAUUCAAUCCAAGAGGAUUUCAAACUGUCCCAUGGAGGUGGUGGUUCUCUGGGCUUUGGGAGUAGUUUAUGAAAAGGACUCUGCUAUCAGGCAGGACCACUGGAAAGGAAGUUGCAAAUACUAUUUUUAUUAUAAACAAAUGGACAAGCUGUUGCGUUCUCUAUAUUCCUAAAUUUAAAAAAGUCUUUUUCACAAAGUGCUUCACCUCUGAGUUUUGAACUUUAGCUCUUUUGCAUUGCUGAUUGUUCUUGUUUUAUCUUUAUGACAUGGAUUUAUGCGUUGUUCCUUGGCUCCCCCCACCCCUUGACAAAAGAGGAGAGUUUUCUUCUCUUAGAAACAGGUGUCGGAGAGAGGGAGUGUUUCAUGGUGCUAGGGAAAUAUGGAAUUGCAAGGUAAAUUAUGGCUGUUACUUUGGACCACUUUCCACAUUAAAUUUUAAUAUCAUUUGGGAAAAAAAAAUCACAUUCACAAUGCACAUACAAAAGGGAACUAUAGUAAGAUGGUCUGCACUUGAGCUGUAUUGCAGUGUUGUCACCAUAACCAUUAUGUAGCCAAUGGUAACUGUCAUUUAUGUUUUGUGAAUUCUACAUGCAUGUACAGAACGUGUGUGUUGUUUAUACCUGUUAUAUUAUUUCAUAUGUAUUUCAAGUUUAAUGUGCUAAACCUAAGAAAUGGGUUGAAGGAUUUUUUUUUUUUACUGUGAUAUCUAAAUGUCUAAAAUUUACUUUGAUCUUUGUACUCACUUUAGUCAGAAUGUUACUGUGUCAUUUGUGCCACUUGGUGUUUAGCAAAUGACGAACACAUUUUAAAGGUAUGAAAUGGAUGUGAACAUAACCUUACUUAAAUUUCUUUUGGAUGAUGUUUUCUUUUUUCUGCCUUUCAGGAGCCUUCCAGAAAAAUAAGUACCCAAUCUCUAACCAUUGCUAUAUCCUAUCCCAGAAAAAUGAUAAUGCAUGAUUUCAUACCAUUCAUUUUGUUCUUUUUUUCCUGAGACAAUAUUUUUAAAUCUUUAAAUGGCUCUGGGUCUAAAACAGAUAGCCAACAGUUUAGUUUGCAUCUAUAGCAUUUGCUUCUAAUUGUGCUCAGAUUUUUGUGGAGUGGUGUUUGUAACCAUGUCCAUGAUAUAUCCCAUUUAGGAAUGCACACUAUGGCAAUAGACUUAUGGUUUUCUAAAGUAACUGUAACGAUAUCUCAGGUCAUUCUUUCCUAAAUGUGAUAGCCUUUAGAGGCACAGUAUCACAAUUCUGCUUCCAUCAGUGAAGCAAUUUUGCUUACUUUUCCUGUACAACAGAUUUGUAAUUGCUGAGUAACAAUCUCACUUUCAGAAACUAUCUCUGGUGAAAAAGUUGGUGGUUUGAAUGUUGUGUCAAGCGAUCCAGUGAGAAAGAACCAAAAUGUAGCUUUCUGGGAAUACUCUUUUCCUUCAAAGACUAUUUUCAUUCUACUAGUGCCGGAUUCCUUUCCCAACCUCUUAAUUACAGCAUUUAAAGAGCACAGUGCUACCAUUUGAUUUUUCACCCAAAUUAAAGCCCCAUAAAAAAAGAUUCUGAUCAACUGGAGAAUCAACAGAGCAGGGGGCAGAAAGGCAGCAAGCUGCUUAAUGUUUCUCAUCCAGCUUGCUCUACACAAUCCAUGCACAGAGAAGUACAAGCAGUUGACAGUCCUCCCUCUGUGGUUUAUCUGUAAAGACAGCUUUCCCCUCCUCACCAGAACCUGAUUUCAAGGGUUAAGGCUCCUCCACCCUCUAAAAAGAAAUGGGCCAGUUUUCUCUCAGGGUGAAUCUUUCACUCACUGGAGUUCUCAGAGCAGCCCUAAGUGGGAGAACUGAUUUGUGUUGGUUUAUUCUUUUUAGGAUGAGUUACUGAGGCACAAAAGAAGCUGCCAGACUUCAAUUCAUGUUAUUUCCUACCUUUCAGCCCUUAAACCUAAUCCCCUUCAAUCUCUGGGCAGUAGCUGAAGAAUCCUGAAAUUGCAUCAGCUCCUGAUCUCCCCACCAGGGUAGGAAAUCAAAUCAAUAGUAUUUUCCUGAGCCUUCACAGAGGGUAUAGGACUGUAUUAAGUGCUUGAGAAAGUACAAUACGAUAGAGUAGGUAGACAUGAUCCCUUUCCCACAAAGAGCUUGCAGUCUACAAGAGAACCCAGGUUAGCUUCCACUUGUUUCUGUACUUAAUCAUCAUAAUUACAGUUCUUGUUAAGCACUUACUAUGCAUCAGACACAGUCCCUAUCUCAAAGUUUAGAGGAAAGGGAAGACAGGCAUUUAAUCCUCAUUUUACAGAUGAAACAAGCACACAGUCAAUGUGACUUUUCCAAGUUCACCGAGCAGGCAAGUAGGCAGAGCUGGGAGUAAAGCCCAGGUCCAUGCGUAUUAUCCUAAUCAUGCCACUUGUCAAGAGAUUGGUAGUGAAUUUUCUCCUGUGAGAGGCAGCAUUUCAUAGGUUAUGAAGCUGGUUGUGUCCGAUAGAACACUUUCUCCCAAUCUUGGAGCACCACACCAACUCCGACAAAUCCAAGCCUGUUUCCUGCAAGUGUUUAGCUUGGAAUCGACAGUAAUCCCUGGAUACCAGUUGUUACACUUUCAUAAGGCUUCUUACAUUCUGAGAGGAAAUCCACAGACCAUAGCAAAUGUGAGUAUGGUUUGGCAGGGAAGACGACUGGGUUUUCAAUGCAGAAUCCUAUUUAUAAAGUUUAUUUUUGAGGUACUAAAGUUUAUUAUAAAAGUGAGAUGUUUAGAGUCUAUAUUUCAGCCCUACGCGUUUCUCCGCAUAUUAGUGAUAAACAUACAAAAUAUAAGAUAAAUUACCGCCACUAAA